AUGCAUAAAACUUAUUCCUUGAGAAAUCAAAGAGCACCCACUGCAUCUGAACUACAAGCUCCUCCACCACCUCCAUCAACAACAAAAUCCAAAUUCUUCGGUAAGGCAUCUAUUGCUUCAUCAUUCAGGAAAUCCACAGCAGGUAAUUUUGGUCCUGAAUUAUCAAGAAAAUUAUCUCAAUUAGUGAAAACUGAAAAGAGUGUCCUAAGAGCCUUAGAAGUCGUCGCUAAUGAACGUCGUGCUGCUGCAAGACAAUUAUCAUUAUGGGGGUACGAUAAUGAUGAUGAUGUUUCAGACGUGACUGAUAAAUUAGGUGUCCUUAUGUAUGAAUUAGGUGAAUUACAAGAUCAAUUCAUUGACAAAUAUGAUCAAUAUCGUGUCACUAUGAAAUCUAUUAGAAAUAUUGAAGCAUCUGUCCAACCUUCAAGAGAUCGUAAGGAAAAAAUUACUGAUGAAAUUGCACAUUUGAAAUAUAAGGAACCAAAUUCUACUAAGAUUCCUGUCUUGGAACAAGAAUUAGUAAGAGCUGAAGCUGAAAGUUUAGUCGCUGAAGCGCAAUUGUCAAAUAUCACAAGAGAAAAAUUGAAAGCAGCUUACCAUUAUUUAUUCGAUUCUAUGACUGAAAUGGCUGAAAAAUUCGCUUUGAUUGCUGGUUAUGGGAAAGCUUUAUUAGAAUUAUUAGAUGAUUCGCCUGUGACUCCUGGUGAAUCAAGACCUGCUUAUGACGGUUACGAUGCUUCCAGACAAAUCAUCAUGGAUGCUGAAGCUGCAUUAGAAUCUUGGACUUUGAACGAUGCAGUUGUUAAGCCAACUUUAUCAUUCCGUCAAACAAUGGACGAUGUUUAUGAAGAAGUGGACGAAGAUGAAGAAGAAGAUGAAGAUGAGGCAAAUGCUCAUCAAUUAUUACAACAUGAACAAGAAGAAGAUGAACAACAAGAAUUACCAGAACAAAGAGAUUUGGAACCUAUCGGUGGUAUUGGUGAAUCAUUAGAGAAUGAGGAACCUGAAGAACCUAAUGGUUAUUAA